UUUAAGCCAGGUCGAGCCAGUGUGUACACUACACUCUCCUCUCGUUUCUUUUUUCUCACUUCCAACACGAGUUGCACUCGUCCCACAUUUUCUUCUAUUGGUCUCUGCCACCAUGAAAUUUGUUGCAUCCCUUCUCCUCUUUGCUCUCUCUGCAUCCGCGGCCCCGACGGCUGUGAGCGACAGCGACAGCGGCAGCAGCGCUGCUUCGACUUCGACUGCGGCGCCGCCAUCAUCGUCGUCCAGCGGCAGCAGCAGCGGCAACUCGACGGGCUCGGGUGACUUCCAGCUGCAGAACGGCCUGGACGCGCAGAUGCUCAACGCCCAGUUCCAAAACAUCUCGGCGAGCGACCCCUGCUACGAUGACACGAUGGCGUGCAUUACGCAGAACGGCACGCCCGGCUUCGCGCAGUGCGUCGGCGGCCAGUGGGAGAUCACCCAGUGCGCGACGGGCACCGAGUGCGUCGCGCUCCCGCGAUUCAACCAGCCCGGCACGACCAUUGCGUGCGACACCCUGGCCGACGCGCUGGCCCGCAUUGCCGCGACCGGCGCGACCGGUGGGCUCACUGGUGACGGCGGUGACGGCGGUGACGGCGGUGACGGCGGUGACGGUGGUAACGGCGGUGACGGUGGUGACGGCGGUGACAGCGGUGACGGUGGUGACGGUGGUGACAGCGGUGACGGCGGUGACGGUGGUGACGGUGGUGACAGCGGUGACGGUGGUGACGGUGGUGACAGCGGUGACGGCGGUGACGGCGGUGACAGCGGUGACAGCGGUGACGGUGGUGACGGUGGUGACGGCGGUGACAGCGGUGACGGUGGUGACGGUGGUGACAGCGGUGACGGCGGUGACGGUGGUGACGGUGGUGACAGCGGUGACGGUGGUGACGGUGGUGACAGCGGUGACGGCGGUGACGGCGGUGACAGCGGUGACGGCGGUGACGGUGACGGCGGCGACGGCGACGGUGACGGUGGUGACAGUGACGGCAGCGACAAUGAUGGCGGCGACGAGUCCUCCGCCACAGCGUCCGCCACAGCGUCCUCCACUGGUGACGAGUCCUCUGCAACGGCGUCCGCGGUGUCGACGGACGGGAGCGACAGCGGCAGCGGCAGCAGCACUGCUUCGACAGCGUCCGCCACAGCGUCCUCCACUGGUGACGAGUCCUCUGCAACGGCGUCCGCGGUGUCGACGGACGGGAGCGACAGCGGCAGCGGCAGCGGCAGCAGCACUGCUUCGACUGCGACUGCGACGCCGUCACCACAGCCUGUGACGACGAGCAGCACCGCACCGCCACCAUCGUCGUCCAGCGGCAGCAGCAGCGGCAACUCGACGGGCUCGGGUGACUUCCAGCUGCAGAACGGCCUGGACGCGCAGAUGCUCAACGCUCAGUUCCAAAACAUCUCGGCGAGCGACCCCUGCAACGAUGACACGAUGGCGUGCAUUACGCAGAACGGCACGCCCGGCUUCGCGCAGUGCGUCGGCGGCCAGUGGGAGAUCACCCAGUGCGCGACGGGCACCGAGUGCGUCGCGCUCCCGCGAUUCAACCAGCCCGGCACGACCAUUGCGUGCGACACCCUGGCCGACGCGCUGGCCCGCAUUGCCGCGACCGGCGCGACCGGUGGGCUCACCGGCAACGAUAACUAA